ACAAAACACGCGUGGUCGGAGGAAAGCGCAACUUUGCGACUUUGGUGUGAGAUGUGUGUGAACUUUCGUGGUGACAGCUCUCGAUGCUGACGCAGGUGCGUGCCCGCCUUCCUCGUCUUCGUGAGAGAUCCGUCGUUGUUACCCGACGCCAAAAUGCGACAUCGCUUUCGGAGACGGCGUUGCAGGACCGCAACAGCGGCGUUGGGGAAACUGAUAAUGCGCGCCGCUUCAACCCCAUCGGAGUGCAAAUGCUGUCGCCAGCGCUGCACAGGCAAGUUUUCGGCGGCGUCUGCGACAAGGUCGAUCGCGAAGCUGUUGAGAGGAGCGUGCAUCACUUGAAGGAGCAAAAACUGUGGGGCCAUACAACGACCCCGCAGCCCGACGUCGACUUCAAGCUGCCGCCUUUGCUGGGUUCUGACCUCGAAGAGCACUUCUUGGAGCUCGGCCGCCGGUAUUCGAAGGACUACAGGUUAGCUGCGGAAGCGCUGAGCGCGACGACCUUGCCCCGCCAGCCGCCGCGCUGGAAGUUCGCACCGGGAUGGACCAAGUACCUCAAUGACGGGAAAGACGCGAUCGAAGUCGACUACCCCGAUGAGACGUCGCUCGUCUUCGACGUCGAGGUGUGCGUGAGAGAAGGGCACUUCCCGACGCUCGCAACGGCUGCUUCCGGCGACUGCUGGUACUCCUGGUGCAGUCCGCAGUUAGUCGGCGAGCGGUUCAGGUGGAAAGAGCGCAUCAAAUUGAGCGACCUCAUACCCCUGGAAAGGACCACUGGCCCACAUGAGUCGCCAGCGAGGAUAAUCGUCGGCCACAACGUCGGCUUCGACAGGUCUUUCAUCAGGGAGCAGUAUAUGAUCGAAGGGAGUCGUCUAAGGUUUCUGGACACUUUGUCCCUUCACAUGUGCGUGUCGGGCUUGACGAGCUUCCAGCGAGCUCUUUCUAUGGCCAGCAAGUCGGAGAAGUCGUCGGAAACGACAGCGGUGACGCGCGGUCCUCCGGUCGAAUUGUGGCAGGACCUGAGCUCCCUCAACAAUCUCGCCGCCGUUUACAAGCUCUACUCCGGCGGCCGCACACUCAAGAAAGAGUCCAGAGACACCUUCGUGAAUGGCACCUUGCAGGACGUUGCUGGCGACUUCCAGGAGCUGAUGACUUACUGCGCCAAUGACGUGGUCGCCACCCACCUGGUACUCAAGAAGCUUCUCCCGCUGUACUUUGAGCGGUUCCCACACCCAGUGUCAUUUGCGGGCAUGCUGGAGAUGUUGACGGCAUAUCUUCCAGUGAAUCAGAAUUGGGAGCGUUACCUCAAGGAGGCGGACUCGAUCUAUGAGGACUACCAACAGGAGCUGAAGCAGAUGCUGACAAGUAUUGCCAAUGGUGCUUGCCGUCUGCUGCAUGGUGAAGCAUACAAGAAGGACCCGUGGCUCUGGGACCUUGACUGGACAGUUCAGAGCAUCAGGAUCAAAAAGGCACCUACCACUUCCAAGACCUCUUCGAAGCGCACAAAGGAGUCCAAGUCAUCCUCAAAGGAGCCAUUGGCUCAUGUGGGUGAGACAGAAGCAGGCUCUGGAACCAGUUGCGAGACAACUGUUCCAGCAAAUUCAGUUAGUUUGCAAAAGCCCUUGGAAAAUUACUCAGAGCCUUCCUCAAGGACAGCACCAGUUUCAGAGUCAGACCAUAACAGCAGCCCAGUUCCUACUGAGAAAGAAUUGCUGAUGCAAGUCCAGCACAUCUUUGAUACUUCAAAGCUGUUGUAUAAAGUGCAGCCAUUCAUGCCUGGCUAUCCCGCCUGGUACCGUGACUUCUGCACGAAGCCUCCCUUAAACCCCGAGGACAACCCAGAUUGGGCUCCUGGGCCCUACCUAAUCAGCACUCAAAUGCGUUCAGUGCCAAAGCUGCUUAGGCUAAAGUGGGAUGGUUAUCCUGUUCACUAUGAUGAGAAGCAUGGCUGGGGCUACUUGGUCCCAAAGGCUGGAAGCGACAGGUCCAUAAUUGUUUCUACAGCUGUCAAGGAAGAAACAGGCACAGACGAAAAGAAGCCAAAGUUUCCUCUUGCAGAAUUUCUGAAAGUUUGUGGCUACCAGAGGUGCUCUGCAGAGAGUAGUGACACCGAUUCAAUGUGGCAAAAACUAGAGAGGAUUCCAGAAGAAGGGUCAAAAGAACUCUGGCGGAAAGUUCUGGGAGAAAAAAUCGAUACUCCACGACUGGAGGAAAAUGCCGACACAGACAUUGGCAUUGAAGGGUGCAGCUUCUUUAGGCUCCCACACAAGGAUGGCCCUCACAAGAGAGUUGGAAACCCACUUGCCAAAGACUUUCUGCCCAAGGUUUCUGACGGAACCCUACAGUCAAGCGACAACCCCGAAGCCAAUCAGGUGUUGUCGCUGAGCAAGAUGAUUUCGUAUUGGAAGAACGCUCGCGACCGCAUCAUGGGACAGAUGGUGGUGUGGUUUGACAGGGAGGAACUGCCGAAAACGAUCGAAGCUGACGAGCGUGCCGACUACGGCGUCAUUCUGCCACGGAUCAUUCCGGCCGGCACAGUAACACGACGGGGUGUCGAGACGACAUGGCUGACAGCCAGUAACGCUUACAAAGACCGUGUGGGUAGUGAGCUCAAGUGCAUGAUUCAGGCUCCCAAGGGUUACCACAUUGUAGGUGCUGACGUAGACUCCCAGGAACUCUGGAUUGCUUCCAUUUUCGCAGAUGCUCACUUUGCAGGCAUGCAUGGCUGCACGGCCUUUGGGUGGAUGACCCUCCAGGGUAACAAGGCAGCUGGUACCGACAUGCACAGCCGCAUUGCUCAUUCCGUCGGCAUCAGUCGGGACCAAGCCAAAGUUAUCAAUUAUGCCCGCAUCUAUGGUGCAGGGCUGCCAUUUGCGCAGCGCCUCUUCAUGCAGUUCAAUCACAGACUGACCUUGCAGGAUGCUGCCUCCAAAGCAAAGAUGAUGUAUGCCCAGACGAAAGGUGUAAGGGUGCACGCCAGCGAAAAUGUCGGCGGCCAGGAUGUCUACAUUCAAGGUGCCCGUAAGGUCUGGUCCGGAGGAAGUGAGUCCCACAUGUUCAACAAACUCGAAGCGAUUGCCAACUCAAAAGUUCCAAGGACUCCAGUUCUGGGUUGCUGCAUCAGCCGUGCUUUGGAGCCUGCUGCCGUGAACACAAAUUUCUUCAACAGCCGCAUAAACUGGGUUGUGCAGAGCUCGGCGGUGGACUACCUUCACCUCAUGCUGGUCACCAUGAGGUGGCUCAUGGAGGACUUUGCGAUUCGUGGCCGCUUUGCCGUCAGUAUCCACGACGAGGUGCGCUUCUUAGUCGCAUCUGAGGACAGGUACAGGGCUGCCUUGGCACUGCAGGUGACUAAUCUGCUCACACGCUCCUUUUUUGCUUGGAGACUGGGAAUGCGGGAUCUUCCGCAGAGUGUGGCUUUCUUCAGCAGCGUUGAAGUUGACACUGUGCUUAGGAAGGAGGUGGACAUGGAUUGCGUGACGCCGUCGAAUCCUCAGGGAUUGAAAGAGGGCUAUGGCAUUCCUCCUGGUGAAGCACUAGAUAUUUACGCCGUCCUUGAAAAGACAAAAGGGGGCUUGCUGUCACGUGAGGCUGAGUCAGCCUGAUCAUCUGUAAUGUGUAAUUAGCUCUCCUCCAAAUUUUUUGGGUUUCCUUUCAUAAGUCCUAGUCCAUUUCACAUGAGUAAGGCAGCUGUUCCUGUGUUCAUAAUAGACUGACAUCAUUCUUCUCGAUGAUUAAAUGAUGACUUUCGUAGCUUGACUAUUUGUUGUGGUUAU